AGUAAAUGUGUGUAUAAUUUCCAACAAAAGAGGCAAGAAAAGUCGCUUUUGAUACACGUCAACAAAAUAGAAAGAGCCUUCUCCUGCUAGUCGCGGCGAAAAAACGGACAGUCGAAAGAAAAAAAAACACACAGAUUGGCCACUCCCGGUUGCAGAAGUGAAAACCAGUUUCUAGACCAGAAUUUAACAGAGUGUGUCAACUGCACACAAAGUAGCCAAAGAACGAAUCGCGAGUUGCGGAGGGCACGAUCGAAUUGUAUAUAUAAAGGAGCCGUUCGCCAGUGAAAGUUUUUUCAGUGUCGAGCCAAUAUCGGUACUGAACGGUAACCACCAAGCAGUGCGCGCGCGGAUUCUGGUUCGGUGUUCCAGGACUAGACUUGCGGAAAAAUAGCCACAAGUUCUAUCAGUAAGCCUUUUUACGUACACGACCACAUCCUUCACUAGGUGAAGGUGAGAGAGCGACCGAUCGAGUGCGGCGAGAGGUGUCCGACUAACCGAAGUACGUGUGCGGAAAACUGGUAACCGAACGCUGCCUUACCAAAAGCCAGUUGGGCAAGUCCCCGAACGCGAGAGAAGAUAGUGUGGCGGUAGCUCCAAAAUCUCCACAGAAAUAAGGUGGCGAUCCGUGGCAAACGGCUCAGUCGCUUGUGUUCCGCAUUCGUGAGUGGUUCGACGUGUUGAUAGUGGUGAGGUACGGGUGUGCUAAUUGUUGAAUCAAGUUUGGCGUGGAAUAGGCUCAUUAGCUGCUGCUAAAACGUUCGAGUAAGUGUGUGCUCGGGCAAUAAACAUUGAAAGUGGCAUCGUGUGUUUUGCAGUAAAACUACAGACCAUUUCUGAUAUCAGUUGAUAAAAUGUGUGGAAUUUUCGCAUACUUGAACUAUCUAACACCGAAAUCGCGGCGCGAAGUGAUAGAUUUGCUGCUGACGGGUUUGAAACGUUUGGAAUACCGUGGAUAUGACUCAGCUGGCGUUGCCGUUGAUACCGCAGAUCAGAAGGGUAUUAUAACGUUCAAGCGUACAGGAAAAGUUAAGGUCCUGGAAGAGGGCAUCUUGGAGUCGAUUAAAAACGAAUGCUACAGCGAUUGCGUCGACACGCAUGUUGGCAUUGCACAUACUCGCUGGGCUACCCAUGGUGUCCCCUGCGAGCUCAACUCGCAUCCUCAACGGUCGGAUGACACCAACUCCUUCCUUGUCGUUCACAAUGGCAUCGUUACGAACUACAAGGACAUCAAGAAAUUCCUCGAGUUGCGCGGAUAUGUGUUUGAAUCGGACACCGACACGGAAGUGAUUGCUAAGCUGGUACAUCAUCUGUAUCUUCAGCAUCCAAACUAUUCGUUCCGGGAGCUGGUAGAGCAGGUUAUUCAACAGAUCGAAGGAGCAUUCGCAUUGGCUUUCAAGUCUAAGCAUUUCCCCGGCGAGUGUGUCGUAACACGUCGUGGUUCACCGUUGCUUGUCGGCAUUAAGGCUAAAACUAGCUUGGCUACCAAUCACGUGCCGAUUCUCUAUGGUAAAGGACACCGUCACGGCUCCACCGGAAACAUUCAGGUUGAACCAUUGCCGGACAACACUUCGGAUUUCAUCAAUCCAGGAGAGGAAGUUGAGUACUUUUUCGCAUCCGAUGCAUCGGCCGUUAUCGAGCACACAAACCGAGUGAUCUAUCUGGAGGAUGACGAUGUAGCUGCAGUGAAAAAUGGUGCACUCGGAAUUCAUCGUUUGAAGAAAAGCUUGGACGAUCCACAUGCCCGUGAAAUUACAACACUAAAGAUGGAAAUUCAGCAGAUAAUGAAAGGAAACUAUCGUUAUUUCAUGCAGAAAGAAAUUUUCGAGCAACCAGAGUCCGUAAUCAACACAAUGCGAGGACGAGUUAAUUUCGAAACUAAAAAGGUUACACUUGGAGGCAUCAAGGAAUACAUUCCGGAAAUUAAGCGCUGCCGCCGCUUGAUGCUGAUUGCUUGUGGAACAUCGUAUCACAGUGCAGUGGCCACACGACAGCUACUGGAGGAACUUACAGAACUGCCAGUGAUGGUUGAAUUGGCUUCAGACUUUCUCGAUCGCAACACUCCGAUUUAUCGUGACGAUGUGUGCUUUUUCAUUUCCCAAUCCGGCGAAACGGCUGAUACAUUGAUGGCCCUGCGGUACUGCAAACAACGAGGAGCACUCAUUGUUGGAAUUACAAACACUGUAGGAAGUUCCAUCUGUCGCGAAUCACACUGCGGAGUACAUGUUAAUGCUGGUCCCGAAAUCGGCGUGGCAUCCACCAAGGCUUACACUUCGCAGUUCAUAUCGUUGGUGAUGUUUGCACUGGUGAUGAGCGAAGACAGGUUGUCUCUGCAAAACCGACGUGAGGAAAUCAUUGAAGGACUUCGUCAACUUGAUACACACAUCAAACAUGUUCUCAAGUUGGACCAAAACGUGUUGGAAAUCGCACAAGAUCUCUAUCAGCAAAAAUCGCUGCUUAUCAUGGGACGUGGCUAUAAUUUUGCCACUUGCAUGGAAGGUGCGCUUAAAGUGAAGGAAUUAACAUACAUGCACAGUGAAGGUAUUAUGGCGGGAGAACUGAAACAUGGACCGCUCGCUCUGGUGGACGACACGAUGCCGAUAGUGAUGAUCAUAAUGCGAGAUCCGGUUUAUGUUAAAUGUAUAAAUGCAUUGCAGCAAGUCACAGCUCGCGAAGGACGACCAAUCAUUGUCUGUGAAGAAGGUGAUACCGAAACCAAGAGCCUUGCUUCGAAAGCUUUGGAAAUUCCACGUACUGUCGACUGUCUACAGGGUAUCUUAACCGUCAUUCCAAUGCAGUUGCUGUCCUAUCACCUGGCCGUUCUACGAGGAUGCAAUGUUGAUUGCCCACGGAACCUAGCCAAAUCCGUGACGGUUGAGUAAACUGACAAUUUAAUUGUAAUAUUCGCACAUAUACCCGCCCCCACAUACGAAACAGUAUCAGUUUGCUUUUAUUUUACUACUAUAAAGUCACUGUUACUUAAACCAGAAACUCAGUUCUACACCCGCUCGAUGCGUACUAGAAUGCAAAGCAAAUAUUAUGGCGGUAGCUGGCGCAAAACAACAGAAACCAAGCAAAACAUCCACGUCUGCAAGGUUUCGCUAAAAGGAAACGAAGAAGUUCGCAGAACGUCGUACCACUACAGUGAAAUCACAAUUCGAAUGAAACGACCGCUUAUCAACAGGCUACCUUCUCCCGACUGUCCCCGUUCUUUCCCUCCGCGCACGUGGACAGUAAUGAUCGAAAUGCACGCAGUAGAAAAGUGGAUCUUAAUGAAGUAACAGUUUGUGCAGUGAGCGUCACUAAAAUUAGCAAUGAUUUUUUACCUUAGCUGUGGAUCGUGAUCAAUAUAAUCGAUAACAUAACAUUAUAUCAAACAUUUAUUGUUUAUUAAGGGGCAAAUCCCACGUAAAAAAACAGAAAGUCAGAUAAAUUUUCGUACUACUGUGAGACAACAAGAAUUCUUUAUAUAUAUACACGAAAAAUGAAAAAUAAAGUAUUAGUUCAUAGUCCU